ACAAGUAGUCACUUACAAACUAGAAUCAAGAAAAAUGAAGACAACCUCUUCAUUGGUGGUUAUGGUGAUCUUCCUGAUCUUAGUAAUCUUGCAAAAUAACCAACUAGUGAGUGGGCAUGUCCGUUCCACUGAUCAAGACACGGUAAAGAACAACAACAACACUAAUGAUACAAACAACACAACCACGGAAGUACAUAUCAAGGACAAGAAAAGAAGUUACAGUGGAGGAAGCGGAAGCUAUAGAUGGGGAUGGGGUGGAGGCGGCGGCGGCGGUGGAGGAGGAGGGGGAGGUGGUGGCGGAGGAGGGGUGGGUGGCGGCAGAGGAUGGGGUUGGGGAGGAGGAGGAGGCGGAGGAGGAUGGUACAAAUGGGGUUGUGGCGGGCCUGGCGGCCGUGGAGGGAAAGGAAGAGAAGGAAGAGGAAAGUUUGUGAAAAGAGAAUACGCAGAGUGCAAAGGGAGAGGAAAAUGCAGAGGUAAGAUAUUGGAAUGUCCUCAACAUUGCGGAGGUUUUUGUUUUUACGACUGUCUCUUUCUCUGCAAACCUCAUUGCCGUCGCUAGCUCUUGAGAUUUAUCUUACAGUCUCUUCGGUGUGGGUUUUGUUUUUGGUUUGUUUGAUUUAAUUCUUGCGGUUUUCUUUCUUACUAAUAUUUUUUGGGUGCUUCUCGAGU